UGGGGGCCGGCAGCUGCCAGCACCCUCAGCCCAGUGCUGACGCCGCCUCUGUGCCCCCAGAUCUCAGACGCCGUGUACCGCCUGGUGUACGAGCAGGCCAAAGCGCACUUUGAGGCGGUGCUGUCCAAGCUGCUGCUGGCCCGGCCGGCCAUGGAGGCCGUCAUCCGCACCGACAUGGACCAGAUCAUCACCUCCAAGGAGCACCUGGCCAGCAAGAUCCGAGCCUUCAUCCUCCCCAAGGCGGAGAUCUGUGUGCGGAACCACGUGCAGCCCUACAUCUCCUCCAUCCUGGAGGCCCUCAUGGUGCCCACCAGCCAGGGCUUCACCGAGGUGCGGGACGUCUUCUUCAAGGAGGUCACCGACAUGAACCUGAACGUCAUCAACGAGGGCGGGGUGGACAAGCUGGGCGAGUACAUGGAGAAGCUGUCCCAGCUGGCGUAUCACCCCCUCAAGAUGCAGAGCUGCUACGAGAAGAUGGAGCCGCUGCGGCUUGACGGGCUGCAGCAGCGUUUCGACGUGUCCAGCACAUCCGUGUUCAAGCAGCGAGCCCAGAUCCACAUGCGUGAGCAAAUGGACAACGCCGUGUACACCUUCGAGACCCUCCUGCACCAGGAGCUGGGGAAGGUGCCCACCAAGGAGGACCUGUGCAAGUCCAUCCAGCGGAUCCUGGAGCGGGUGCUGAAGAAAUACGACUAUGACAGCAGCUCUGUACGGAAGCGCUUCUUCCGGGAGGCGCUGCUGCAGAUCACAAUCCCGUUCCUGCUCAAGAAGCUGGCCCCCACCUGCAAGUCGGAGCUGCCCCGGUUCCAGGAGCUGAUCUUCGAGGACUUUGCCAGGUUUAUCCUGGUGGAGAACACGUACGAGGAGGUGGUGCUGCAGACGGUCAUGAAGGACAUCCUGCAGGCCGUGAAGGAGGCCGCCGUGCAGAGGAAGCACAACCUGUACCGGGACAGCGUGGUCCUGCACAACAGCGACCCCAACCUGCACCUGCUGGCCGAGGGCUCGCCCAUCAACUGGGGUGAGGAGUACGGUGGCAGUGACGGUGGCAGUGGCGGCAGUGGCAGCCCCAGCCCCGGUGUCCAGGAAGCAGCCACCAUCUCGGAAAAGCGACGGCGUGCCAAGCAGGUGGUGUCCGUGGUCCAGGACGAGGAGGCAGGGCUGCCCUUCGAGGUCGGCUGUGAGCCACCAUCACCUGCGUCCCCGGACAGUGUCACUGAGGUCCGUGACCUGCUGGCCCAGGAUCUGAGGGUGGAGAGCCCCCCACCAGCCUGCCCCCUGCUCAAUGGGGCCCCCGUGCCCGCGAUCCCUGUGCCCUCCUCGCCUUCGCCCUCCUCACCACCUGCAGCCUCACCACCACCUGCAGCCUCACCACGGGCCUCGCCCCUCCAGCAACUCCCACCUGGAAAGGCUGUGGACCUUGAGCCUCCAAAGCCCAAUGACCAGGAGACCGGGGAGCAGGAGUCCAGCCCUGGCGGCCGGCCCCCCAUCCACACCACCACCGAGGACAGCGCAGGGGUGCAGACUGAGUUCUAGGCUGGUCGCCCCCAAGCUUCUGUUGGACGCGGCACACGGGCCCCUCCCUCUGAGGCACUGACAAGCUUGACUCCUGGGAUUUGGAUUUGUGCCUCCGGGUGGGGGUGGGGCAGGGCUGGUGAGGCUCCUCGGGCUGAGCAGGGACAGGCCCACCUGAAGUCACUUUAUUGGGUUUGUCACACUUUGUUGCUGUUUUCUCUUCUGUGGGGUGAUCUCGGCUUUCCUGCUUGGCUAGGGGUUGAGCAAAGCUGAGGGGCCUGGGGAGCGCCUGUGGCCCCAGUUCUCUCGGUCCUCCCUUCCUGCCUUUCCUCGUUGGCCCGUUUCCCUAAGGGGCCUUGCCAUCCUUGCAAAGAGGGAGGCAAAGGCAUCGUCUGCUGACUCAGAGCCCAUGAAUUUCCUCCCCUCUCAUCCAGGGCUCAUUGGAACCAGGAACAUGGAGUGUCCAGGCCCAUCCCUGGGCCCCACUCCCCUCUCUGCUCUUCCAGGCUGGGCCCAGAGGCCAGUUUUGGAGUGGACAGUGGCCUGGCUUUCCCCACUCUGGGUGAGGGGAAGUGCAAGGAGGGGUCUUCAGGCCAGAGCCAGGCUGGGGUGGGGGGAGGGUCCAUAGGCCUGGGGUUGGAAUGAGAAAGGCUUGGAAUGUGCUGGUCUGGGCAAGGAAGUGUCCAAGGGCAGGAAAAGGGCAGGAAAGAAUGAGCCAUGCAAGCAGGAGGCCAGAGGGCAGAGGUUGCUGGAGGCCAGGCCGGCCUUGAGGCCUUGUCUCCCGGUUCCAGCCUCAGCAGGCUCCUGCCGCCUCCUGCCCCUGUGCCCACCUGCUGGGCUGGGCUGAGGGAGGCGGCACUGCUCAGGGGCAAGGUUUAGCAGGUGUGGAUUCUGUCCUCCGAGGGCCACCUCCAAGGUACGGCUGUCCACCGCGGGAGCUCUAGGGUUCCUGAGGGUCACGGCUCCCGAGGCACCACUGGUCGCCGCUCUGAGGGCUUGGGGUCAGGCUGUGGCUUGGCUGUUGCUGCCCGAGUCCCCGAGUCACCUCAGCCUAAACAUUCCAGGCCUGUUUUCAAAUGUGAGUCACUUGGGGGCCAACUGUCCUCAGCCUCUUGUUCCUGGGGGUGAGGGUCAGGCCGAGCAACCCCCAGCCUGGCAGUCCCAGGCCCUGCCCCUGCUGCUUCGAGGAGAGGGUCGGCAGGGCAGACUGACUUCUUCAGGGUCCUCGGGGUGGGGCCCCCACCCAGCCCUGCACCCUCCCUUGAUCUGCUUCCUGGGGCCCGGGCCUUGGACCCCAGGAUGGAUGGCAGUGGUUGGUGCAGGCCCCCCCACCCCGCACCUCACUAAACCUCUUCUACCAACACCUUCCGUCUUACGAUGCCCUCCUCUAGUGCCUUCUUUGGGGAUUUUCCAGUCAUUCUUCCCAGAUAUUGUAUUGAAAAUAUUAAGCAAACUGUUUAAGCUUCUACUAAUCAAUAAAUGCUUUAUUUAAAGCCA